CAAUUCUGUUCUGUCAACUUGUCAUUGAAGUGCUCUGUAUGUGUUCCAAGUUAUAAUCUAUGUGGAUAUCAAGGAGAAUCGUUCUGUUUGCCGCCUUUGGAGACCACUUUGUACUGGGUGCAUAACAGGAGUGUUUCUCUUGACAGCUAUUGGCAAAGUUUGUGGGAGGAGUAUGCUUAUGUUUAUAUAUAAAGGAUGCCAGGAAGUCUUGGAUGCGACAUUGGACUUGAGAUGACGGCAGAUAAUCCCAGCCAUGGUUUUGAUUCAACUGGGGAUUUCGAGUGUAAUAAUUGAGUACCUGGCCAAAAAAACAAAGCAAAACAAAACAAAACAAAAAAAAAAAUUCAGGCUCCCUGCCUGGAGCCUUUUCUCUUGAUUUGAAUCCUCCUAUGCUUGUGCAAGCAAAACUCCAUCCCUCCUCCCAUCCUGCCGCUGCCUCCGCUGCUGCCAGGGCCACUGCUGCUGCUGCUUUGGGAAGGAAAGGAGCUGCCCAGGUUCACGCUGCUUUUGAGUUCCCAGGACCUGGCAUUCCGGCAAGCUGCUGCUUUGCAGCUGGGGGAGACAGAGACGCUCCCAGCCCUCCUUUGAUUAGGAUAUGUCAGGGUUGUCAGGGCAACUGUUAACGGUGGCGUAUCAUAUUUUCCCCUCUUGUGUUGCGUGCUGAAUAUUUUAGUGGGCUGUAGCUGGAAGAAGAUUGGAGAAGGGUGCUGCCGCAGGAAGGAAAAGCUGUGCUCUGGGAUCUGAUUGAACAGGUUAGCCAGUGGAGAGAAGCAUCGGAUCAAUGCACUGUGCCUUUAAUCAGGGCUUUCCUUGAGAGUGCAGGGAUGGGUGAAUGCGGAGAGUGAUUGGGAAGGGGUUGUGAAGGGAGGUGGGGUGGGGGAGGCAAGUGGGGGGAACCGCAGGCCCUCCGCUGCCUAGCAGAUAGUAGUAUUUGUCAGCUGUUUGUACACUGUUUACCCGUAGGGGAUCUAUUACAAGUGCUCAAAUGAUCCGGCAGCUUAGAAGCUAGCAGCUUCACCCAGGCUGCAAUUACAUAAACAUAUAUUUUUAAUAACAAACCAACCAACAAACCCCCCCAAGUGGCAGCGACAUGCCUGGAUCAGCUACUGCUAUCCGACAAGAGAGGUUGAAGAAGACCAGUCCAAGGCCAAAUCCCCCAGGUUUAUUCACCAUUAAUGAGGAAGAAGAACAGCAAAAGAAUGGAAAUUCCAGAAGGCUGAAAGAUGACACAACUGAAAAACUGAGGCUCGGAGACACAAAUUGCCAGACCCAAGGUCACAUGACUAUAUCUGAAAACUCCCAAGUGCAAGACAAGAAGGCUCCUGCACCCGGGCGCCCCACCACUGCUACUUUAGGACCAAGUCGAAACCCACCAGGAAACAAACCAGACCCUCCACCUUUACUGAGAGUUGAUGACCGACAACGGCUGGCACGAGAACGAAGAGAGGAACGAGAAAAACAACUAGCUGCGAGAGAAACUGUGUGGUUAGAACGAGAAGAGAGAGCUCGGCAGCAUUACGAAAAGCACUUAGAAGAACGCAAGAAAAAAUUAGAAGAGCAAAGGUUAAAAGAAGAAAGGCGACGAGCUGCUGUAGAGGAGAAACGAAGGCAGAGACUUGAAGAGGAUAAGGAACGCCAUGAAGCUGUUGUUAGACGAACAAUUGAGAGGAGCCAGAAGCCAAAACAGAAACAGAACAGAUGGUCCUGGGGGGCACCUCUCCAUGGCAGUACCAGCACAAGCAUUCACACUUCAGAUCCAGACAGGCGGUCAGUUUCAACAAUGAAUCUUUCGAAACAUGUUGAUCCGGUCAUUAGCAAGCGGCUCUCCUCUUCAUCUGCAACAUUAUUAAAUUCUCCAGAUAGAGCUCGCCGCCUGCAGCUCAGCCCCUGGGAGAGCAGCAUUGUAAACAGACUCCUGACGCCCACACAUUCGUUCCUGGCCAGAAGUAAAAGCGCUGCUGCCUUGACUGGAGAUGCAGUUAUCCCCAUUUGUCCUCGUUCAGCAUCUUGCAGCCCCAUCAGCAUUAUGUCCUACAAAGCUGCACAUUGUAGAAAUCCAACUGAUCGGCCCAAACUCUUUGUAACACCAUCUGAAGGUACCGGACGCAAGAGGACUCUGCACAACACAAUGGGACAUAAAAGAGAAAAGGAGAGAGAAAAUGUGCCCUUCCAUCUCACAUCUGGCAUCCGAAGAGCCCUGUCUCCAUCAAACCCCAAAACUAGAUCAUCAGCUCCCUCAUCAGUUUGGCACCCAUCCAAGUCCUUUCCUCAUUUGCCUGGCACACCCAGACCAACAUCCUCCUUGUCACUUGGUCCACCUAAAGCUGCUUUGGCUCAGGCACGGCCCCCCUCCCCUGGCAACAUCAGGCCUAUCAAGAAAGAAGUCAGGCUUGAGAUAGAGAAAAAAGACCCAGAGAAAGAACCUGAGAAAGUGGUUGUUGAAGCAUCAUCCGCAGAGGACCAGACUCCUUCAGUGAAUGCCGAAGAACCUACAAAUGAGGAAGGUUCACUUGCCAAGUCAGAGGCUGCUCCAGCUGCUCCAGCUUCAGUGCCAUCCACUGUACCUUCUUCUGGUUUGGGGAAGACCUCUGCAGGGACCACUGACCCAGAAGAGGCCACAAGACUACUGGCUGAAAAGAGGCGGUUAGCUCGAGAACAGAGAGAGAAGGAAGAACAAGAAAAGAAGGAGAGGGAAGAACUUGAAAGGAGGAAGAAGGAGGAAUUAGCUCAAAGAGUAGCUGAAGAAAGAGCUCGCCGAGAGGAGGAAGCCCGAAGGUUAGAGGCUGAAAGGGAGCAAGAACAGGCCCGGGAGAAGGUAGAACAACUACGUCGGCAAGUAGAGGAGCGAGAAAGACGAGAAAAAGAAGAAAUGGAGCGGAUCCAGAAACAGAGAGAAGAGGAGGCCCGCUUGCGAGAGGAAGCUGAGAGGGUUCGACAAGAACGAGAAAAGCAUUUCCAAAGAGAAGAGCAGGAGCGCUUGGAAAGGAAGAAGCGCCUUGAGGAAAUUAUGAAAAGAACCAGGAGAACAGAAACUACAGAUAAGAAAGCAAAUGACCAGAGAAAUGGAGAUAUAGCCAAGGGAAAUACUCCAGGUGGACCAGGAAUAUCACCACUUCCAUGUGUGACAGACUCUUCAAGAAAUGGAGAACCAGUGACUAGCCCACAUCAGCCAACAAUGACCAUAGACAGUACCCUCAAUACUGAAAAUCAACCAAAUGAAAAUGGAGUAUCUCUUCAGAAUGACACCUUUGAAGAAAUUAUAAACUUACCCAUUGGAUCUAAACCAUCCAGAUUGGAUAUCACAGACAGUGAUGGAAGCCCAGAAAUUCCUUUGAAUCCAAUUUUGGCCUUUGAUGAUAAGGGAACUCUUGGGCCAUUGCCUCAGGUAGAUAGUGUUCAAACACAGCAAACAGCAGAAGUUAUAUGACCAUUUCUUCUGAAGAACCAAAGGUGAAGUUUAAUGAGCAUUUCUACAGUUAAUGGAAUUCCUUCCAUGCUAUGAAGGAGUGUUUUUUUUUCCCUUCCUCUCUCCAGUUUUCUAAAGAUUUCUUGGAUAUCUUUUUGAAGAGACUUUAUCAAAACCAGCUAAAGAAACUUUGGGGAAUAGACUGGACCGCCUUUCUAAUAGUUUUUGCCAAUAGAAAAAAAAUAAGUCAUGCUUCAUAUACUCAGCACUUUUAAAUGGCUUUUUCCAAACAUGCUCCUUCUUAGCAAAUCAAUAUGUUCUACAUUCUUUGAAAGACCAAAUGCACUGGGAUUUGAAAGGGAUGGGCUAACUGGGAUGAUAGGCAUGAUUUUUCAGGUGGACAUCUUGGUUUUAAAUGGUAUAAUAUGAAAUUGGCAACAAAAAAAUUUGUAAAUCUAAUACUUGAAAAAAUAAAUACCUCCUUGCUCUCCCAAAUAGAGUUAAUGGGGGGAAGGGGUGUUUAAAUUAAGCCUGUUUUGUUUAAAUAUUUUCAUUGAGCUCUAUUUGUAGGGGCAAAUGAUAGGCUUCUAUAUCAGGUUCUUGUAAAGGCACCUCCUAUGUGGACAUUCUGUAAAUUCAGCCAUCAUUACUUUCUUCUUGAAUCUUCUUUUGAGAAAACAAACAAAAACAUUUUAAAAUGUGAAAAAAUGGAAAGCAUUAUUUUUUCAUGAAUGAGAAAUAAUCUGCUGUACUCUUAAAUAAUGUAUUUAUGAAGUUUGUCCAGUUUAAAAAAAAAAUCAAAUAAAUUAGAAAAAUGGGGCAAA